AUGAUAAAAUUAGUUUUGAAACACUAUAUUGUCGAUCAAAAGAAGUUGAGUAUUGAUAACUUCAACAAUAGAAUAUCUUCUUUUCAAUGGGGUUACUGUGAAAUGAAAAAUAAACCAUCGGCAAAUUUCACUGUCAGUAUAUUGCGGCGAAAAGAACACACACUAAGUCAAAAGGCGAUGCAAACUUGGAAUUUAAUACGAGCGAUUCCUAUUCUUUUGUCCGAUGUCAUUGACAGUGAUGAUGAACAUAUGAUACUUGUUAUUAAUUUAUUACAAAUAAUGGAAUUAGUUUUUGCUCCAAAAAUUACACAGUCGCUUAUUCCAUAUUUAGACGCUCUAAUCAGAGAAUUUUGCUCAAGCUUUAAAACUUUAUUUCCUGAUAUUAAUGAAAUCCAUAAAUUUCAUCAUCUUUCACAUUACCCUACAUGCAUACUUUGGUCCGGUCCUCAAGCCAAUUAUUGGUGUAUGCGUUAUGAAGCCAAGCAUCAUCGUGCCCAAGUUCGAGCUGAAGUAGUCCAUAAUUUUAAAAAUCCACCAAAAACAUUAAUAAGAGUCUUUCAAUGUGGCCAAAGUGCAAAGUGGGGUGUAAAAAACGUGGAAAUGUUUCAAGUACUUAAAUCAUCUGGAAAAUAUGUCUUAGUCCAAGAAACUUUGAGUCAACAGUUUUUAAUUGAUCUUAAUUAUGACAAUCAUGACGAAAUAUUUCGUAGUAAUUCCUUAAAGGUGAAUGGUGUUGAAUUUCACUUGGGCUUGUAUACAUGCCUUGAAACUGCUCGACUUCGUCCUGAUAAUUUACCACUUUUUGGAGUUAUCGAUGAAAUUAUUGUAUUGAAUAAUACGGAUGUACAUUUAUUAUUGUCGAUUUGUACACCAUGCUCUUUUGACACAUCUCUACAUGCAUACCACAUAGAAUGCAAUGCAGAUUUUCAAACACAAUCAUUCAUCAAUGUGCUCAACUUAGCUCACUAUAAGCCAUUCUCGUGCUGGAAUAAAGCGGGAUGUGAUGCUCUUUACUUAAGUCUACCUCAACGGAUCAAUGGUAACGCAUUCAUCGAGUUAACGAAAGAAGACCUUCAAAUUAUGAGCAUCAAAAUAGGUCCUCAAAAAUUAAUAUUAAAAGUUUUGAGUUCCAUUAUGACGGCAAGCUCUACUGUGAAUGAUUCGAUUAUUCAACCUCCUUCUUCAAGUAAUAAUUCAUCAAUUGGAGUAAACCUGUUAUUUCAGCCUGAACCUAGUACUUCUAAUAUUACAGUAAUUGAUUCUACAAAAUUUUCGGUAUAA